AUGUAUCCAGAUAUGCAGGCUCUGCUACGGCGGGCCUCAUUGACUGGUCACACGCUUCUAGUCAUCCUCGCGAGCGGACCACGUCCGAUUUGGGAGAACGUCCUGAGGAGAGCUGUUUUUCUGGGUGGAGAGAUGAUCAUCCUAGGAGGUGGGCGCCACUACGAUCAAGUGAUUAUGCACCCUACAAUCAAGCGGUCGGGGAUCGAUAUCAUUCGAAGUUCCUCCUACAAGGUCAAAAUAUGGGCUUUCGGCAGCGGCCUGACUGGCCGUGAGAUCAGGAUCGCUGCUGACCACGCCGUACUGGGCACGGAUUUCCAGGCAUGGCUACUGAGGUCGAAAGACCAGCGUGGAGGAGAUCUCUACUGCUUCGAUGGCCGCAAUUCCACAACGUCAUGUUGUCUGUGA